AUGGUCAACAUACUCGUCAAAAUUGGCCUCACGGCCGUUAUCGCCCUUGCAGUCCUUUUCCAAAUUUAUCUCAAAGACGCAGUAUGGCUCGCUUUCGGUGUUGGAAAAGUACUGCAGCCGAUCAGUGACUUUCCGUACACGUGUCGCAAGAUUGUUAAUCCGCGGAUGGAGGCUUGUGAGGAUAUGUGGUUGUCAAAAUCUACCCGACAAUUAUUUCUUGCGUGUUCUGAUCCUCUUUCGCGGGAGAAGUGGAUGACAAAUGUUGGACAUUUGAACGUGUCUGGGCGUUCAAAGAAAGACGCCAUCGUGGUUCUCGACCUUGACAGCGAUAACUUUGAGCCACGGGUUUUGAAAACACCGGUAUGGCCUGGUACCUCUGGAGAUGGACUCAUCAACGUUGCUGGUUUCACAGGCAUCGAUCACGCGGAUGGAAGUAUCGAUAUUUUGAUUACCAACAUGAGACCUUCUGUUGAUGAGACUGGAAAGCUUGUGGAUCAGUACGUCCAGGGCGGCAACACCACGAUCGAGCGGUUUACGACGGGUGCUGGAAUGAGCGAGAUGAAGCAUGUUAAGACUUAUGCUGAUAAGGGUAUUGCUACGCCGAACCGUGUUGCUACCAUGGAGGAUGGGACCGUCUAUGUCACGAAUGAUCACGGGCCUCACAAGACGGGCUGGCGCCAUCAUCUCUCACCCAUCCUAGGCUAUGCCAAUAUCAACUCCUGCCCCCCAUCUGAACCUUGCAAAGAGGUAUCCAGCAACCUCCACUUCCCCAACGGUCUAGCCAUCCACGACAACACACUCUACCUACCAGACAGUAUAACCGGCGUCCUGACAAUCUACAACAUCCUCCCCUCCCACGAUCUCAACAAGACCGCCGAGAUAAACCUCGACUACGCUCUCGAUAAUGCAUCUGUUGAUGAAAACGGCGAUAUCUGGAUCGCCGCGUUUCCGAAGGGUAUCGCGAUCUUUGAAGCUUACAAGGAUCCGUAUGGUUUCAGUGCGCCUGCUGCUGUGUUGAAGGUCAGCAAGGGAGAAGAGGAGUGGAAGGUUGAGAAGGUUCUUGAGGAUGGGAUGGGAGAGAUUUUGCCGGUUGCUACGACUGUUGUUCAUGAUGUGAAGACUGGACGACUAUUUCUCAGCAGUGUCAUUUCGCCUUGGAUUGCCAUUUGUGAACCGAAAGUUUGA